AGCAUUAUCCUACUUUAAUUUGUUCUUUUUUGUAACAAAUUGCAAGUUUCGGCGGCUGUUGAGCAUUCUUUUGUUGGAACCUAACAUAUCUCUUUUUAUUUUGCUUUGAAAGAUAUUUAAGUUGAUAGGGUGGAAGAUGUUGUCAUUCAACCUGGGAGUGACCAGCUUGCGCUCUCGCUUGAAAAAGUUUGACAGUUCAAGCGCACAAAUCCAAUACAUGUAUUCUUUAGGUUGGACUCGAGUUGUGAAAGAAUUCAGACUUGCUAGUGGAUUCAAAACAAGUGCGUCUCUUCGCAGUGAAUCUGAAGAAACAGUUCCGCUUUCUCGCUUUGAAACAAACAGACCCUUGAAUCCGAUCUAUGAAUCCUUAGAAAAGAAAGUUAAAAUAGCGCGCGAAGCACAAGGGAGGCCUUUGACUUUGGCAGAGAAGAUCCUUUACGGUCACUUGGUAGAUCCCGCGCAAAAGGUAGUUCCAGGGGAGUCUUACCUCAAGGUUUCGCCAGAUAGAGUUGCCAUGCAGGAUGCAACAGCACAAAUGGCUACACUUCAAUUCAUAUCGGCAGGUCUUCCACGUACUGCUGUUCCAACCACUAUUCACUGUGAUCAUUUGAUAACUGCAGAGAAUGGAGCCUCCAAAGAUCUCGAACAAGCAAACAUAACUAACAAGGAAGUGUUUGACUUUUUAUCUAGUGCAGCCAAAAAGUUUGGCAUGGGAUUUUGGAAACCCGGUAGUGGAAUUAUUCACCAAAUUGUUCUCGAAAAUUAUGCUUUUCCUGGUGGUUUAAUGAUAGGAACAGACUCACAUACACCAAAUGCUGGAGGACUCGGUAUGGUUGCUGUUGGAGUUGGAGGUGCAGAUGCUGUAGAUGUUAUGGCCGGUCUUGCUUGGGAAAUCAAAGCUCCAAGAAUAUAUGGUGUCCAUCUAACUGGAAAAUUCCACGAUUGGGGUUCCCCGAAAGAUGUGAUUUGUAAAGUCGCAGAGAUAUUGACUGUCAAGGGUGGUACAGGAGCUAUUAUAGAAUACUUUGGACCGGGAGUUGAGUCGUUGUCUUGUACUGGUAUGGCAACUAUUUGCAAUAUGGGUGCAGAAAUUGGUGCAACCACUUCAUUGUUUCGUUACAAUGAGCGCAUGAAUCGUUACUUGAAAGCAACUGGUCGUGAAGGUAUAGCUAAUCUGGCAAAGAAAUAUAGUGCUUUGUUGCAACCGGAUGAAGGCUGUAACUAUCACAAAGUAAUCGAAAUCGACUUGGACAAAUUAGAGCCGAUGAUAAACGGUCCUUUCUCACCUGAUCUUGGUCACACAGUGUCAAGAAUCCGCGAUGACGCCAAGAAUGCUGGAUAUCCAAUGAAGCUUUCUGCUGGUUUGGUGGGUUCCUGCACCAACUCUUCCUAUGAAGAUUUAACCCGUGUCGCUUCCAUUUGCAAACAAGCUUUAGAUAAGGGUGUUAAAAUGAAGACUAUUUUUACUAUUAAUCCGGGUUCGGAACAAAUUCGUGCCACUAUUGAACAAAUUUUCGAAGCAGUUGGGGCAGUAGUGCUAGCUAAUGCUUGUGGACCUUGUAUUGGACAAUGGAAUCGUAAAGAUGUGAAGAAAGGAGAACCUAAUUCCAUCUUUACCUCCUUUAACCGUAAUUUUGCAAUGCGAAACGAUGGGAAUCCAAAGACACAUGCAUUUGUAACUUCACCAGAACUAGUCACUGCCUUUGCCUUGGCCGGAACUUUAGAUUUCGAUCCUCAGAAGGAUAAGAUAAAAGGACCUAAUGGAGUAGAGUUUCAAUUAGAACCACCAAAUGGUCAAGAACUACCUGAAAAAGGUUUCUUGACUGGUAAAGAUACAUUUCAACCUCCACAAGAUAAUCCAGAAGCAGUGGAGCUAAAGGUGUCCCCCACAUCAGAAAGACUUCAGUUACUUGACCCAUUUUCAGCAUGGGAUGGAAAAGACUUUACAGAUAUGCCCAUCUUGAUUAAAGUGAAAGGAAAAUGUACUACAGAUCAUAUCUCUAUGGCAGGACCUUGGCUCAAAUACAGGGGACAUUUGGAUAAUAUUUCCAACAAUAUGUUUAUCGGUGCCAUCAAUGCUGAAAAUGGCAAGGCCAAUAAUGUGAAAAAUCAGUUGACGGGUCAAUAUGGCCCAGUUCCUGAUACUGCUCGUGCCUAUAAAGCUGCUGGUAUGCCAUGGAUUGUUAUUGGAGACGAAAAUUAUGGCGAAGGUUCGAGUCGAGAACAUGCAGCAUUGGAACCUCGUCAUUUAGGAGGAGUUGCUAUUUUGGUUCGCUCUUUUGCAAGUAUCCACGAAACGAAUCUAAAGAAGCAGGGUCUUCUUCCUUUAACUUUUGCUAAUCCUGGUGACUAUGAUCGCAUAAGUCCGGACGAUCGCAUUUCUAUUUUGGGCUUGAAAGAUUUGAAACCAGGAAGUCCACUUACAGUUCGAGUGAAGAAACAAAAUGGUGAGACAUUUGACAUUCAAGUGAAUCAUUCAUUUAGUGAAGAACAAUUUGAAUGGUUCAAGCAUGGUUCAGCUUUGAACAAGAUUAAAGAGGACUUGAAAGCGGGUCGAAAACAAAUGUAAAGAAUGAAGUAUUCUUGUGGAAGGAAUUAUUGUUUUUUGUUUCGUGUUUCAAGCGUAAAAAUGAAGAAUAUUUUCUGGAUACAAAAGGAACUUGCUCUUGUGAUCAUCAUGUAUGUUUUUU